GCUUCCGCUGCGCCGCGCCCGGCCCGGGGCCCGCGGCCGCUGAGGGCGGGGCGGGAGGCUCCUCGGGCCCGCCCCGCCCUGCCCCGCCCGGGGAUGCAGCAGCGCGGCCGCUGAGGUACCCGCGGGGCCGGGACGGCCCCUGCCCCUCCCCCCUCCCCCCACCCCACCCCUUGCUUUGUCCCGCCGGUGGGGCCAGGAUGUCGGAGCGCGCCGACCUGCUGCGCUUCAAGUUCGACAACUACGGCGACUCGAUGCUGCAGAAGAUGAGCCGGCUGCGCGAGGAGAACAAGUUCUGCGACGUGGUGGUGCGCGUGGACGACGCGGAGGUGCACGGGCACAAGAUCGUCUUCGCCGCCGGCUCCCCCUUCCUGCGCGACCAGUUCCUGCUCAACGACUCCCGCGAGGUGAAGAUCUCCAUCCUGCAGAGCUCCGAGGUGGGCCGGCAGCUGCUGCUGUCCUGCUACAGCGGCGUCCUGGAGUUCCCCGAGAUGGAGCUGGUGAAUUACCUGACGGCCGCCAGCUUCCUGCAGAUGAGCCACAUCGUGGAGCGCUGCACGCAGGCCCUCUGGAAGUUCAUCAAGCCCAAGCAGCCGCUGGAGGGCAAGGAGGACUGCGAGCGGCAGAGCGACUCCUCGGAGCUGAAGGAGCCGCCGGGCGACGAGGACGACUCCCUGCAGCAGGACUCGCCGGGCGUCCAGCCCUCGGAAGACAGCCUGGACAUGGAGGACAGCGACAUCCAGAUCGUCAAGGUCGAGUCCAUCGGGGAGGUGUCCGAGGUCAGAAACAAAAAGGACGCGGCCCCGUUCAUUUCUUCCGAGCAGACCGCUCUGCAUUCCUCCGAGCCGCAGCACUUUUUAAUCAACUCCACGGUGGAAAACCGAGCGAAUGAAAUCGAGCAGAACCACCUCCACAACUACGCCCUUUCCUACGCCGGCGGCGACAAUAUCGUGAUGGCUUCUAAAGAGAUGUUUGGCCCCAACAAUCGAGGCAUAGACAAAGGGCUCCAGUGGCAUCAUCAGUGUCCCAAAUGUACCAGGGUGUUCCGGCACCUGGAAAACUAUGCUAAUCACUUAAAAAUGCAUAAACUGUUCAUGUGUCUGCUGUGCGGCAAGACGUUCACUCAGAAAGGCAAUCUCCACCGGCACAUGAGGGUACACGCGGGGAUCAAACCUUUUCAGUGCAAGAUCUGUGGGAAAACGUUCUCUCAGAAGUGUUCCUUGCAGGACCACCUAAACCUGCACAGUGGAGACAAGCCCCAUAAAUGUAAUUAUUGUGACAUGGUUUUUGCACAUAAACCUGUCCUGAGGAAACACCUUAAACAGCUACACGGUAAAAAUAGCUUUGACAAUGCCAAUGAAAGGAAUGUUCAAGAUAUAACGGUUGACUUCGACUCAUUCAGCUGUAGCACCGUGACAGACAGUAAGGUCUGUCAGCCAGCGGAUGCGAGCCAGGUACUGGAUGCAGGAAAACUGGCCCAGGCUGUGCUCAAUUUAAGGAGCGAUAGUACUUGUGUCAACUAAGCAGCUGCGCUGCGGAAGCAGCCCUUUGGAAGUGUCCUGGGUGAGAGGGACAAGUGUGGUUCGGUCUCUUUGCCAAGCAGGUGGCCUGCUCCGUAAGGCUGUAUACAGGAGGGUUGAAUUACAAAGCGUAACAGGUCUUCAGGCUUCAUUCUAGUCGCUGUUAUUCACCAAAAAUAUCAUCUUCCUGCAAGUUUCUACCUGUGCCCCUAGUGUGGAUAAUGGGGUUAUAUUGACUGCCUCAUUUUCUCCGAUUCAGUCUUGGGCAGUGAUUCUCAAUUGAGGUCCUUCCAAGGCUGCUGUGGUGUCCGGCUUCUGUGCCAGGAGGAAAACAAUCACUUCUCCUCCUGCCAGGCACCCCAGCAUCCCACAGGCAAGAGGUUUCCCCCGGCUGCUCCCCACGCCCAGCAGCUCCCACAUCUGUCCAUGAUCUGGCAGUGUGCUCUGCUGCAUGCGGACAGGCAGGUGGAUGGACAGCUUGUCCCUCCAACCCCGCCUUCUCCCAUGCUUCUGAGGCUGGCAGGGGGGUGUUGCAAGUGUGCGUGGCUCCAGAGGUGCAGUGUUUUCCCCUUUGGGUAUAGACCAGGGGCUGGGAGGGGACAGGCAGUGGAAAAAGUAGAGUACAGUGGGGUAAAGUCCUGCCCCCACCCUCCUCACCUAGCAUCAGUUAGGUUCUAGCUCAGUGGUUCUCAGCUGGUAUGCCACUAAUUUUCACAGAGCUAUAAAGGGGUGCCUUGAGUCUAAACAGGUUGAGAACCACUGAUCUUGGGACUAAUGUUUUCUGACAGACUUGCUGCAGGCUGCAGAGAAGCCACCUGUACAGUUAACGGUCUCUCUGCAACUGGGCUGAUGGAGAAAACAGCCAGACAAGUCUUGAGACACAGAAACCCACCUUUUCCAAAAGCACUGGAUAUUUUGAGAGCACUCCAUGUAGUUAACUGCUAAUUUGUGUAUCAAGACAGUUGUUUUCCGAUCCUACCUUAGGCCCCUAAAGUUAAAUGCUUUUUUCCAUGUCACUUCUUGUCCCUUCUAAACUGUGUUACCAAAUUCCCUCUGCUGAUCAACCCUACCCCAAUUCUCAGGGUUUUUAACAUAGAUGUGCAUUACAAGAAGCUAAAGCCCUGAAUAGUCUAGCUUGGUCAGUUAAUGAUUUUGUGGGAUUCUUGAUGAUGAUGAUAAAGCAUAGCCCUUCAGGACUGAGACUGACCACCUAGAAUCAAGGUAUGAGUUUUCUGUUGAUGCUGUCUCACUUGGGGCUACUAAAAGGGCACUUACCACUGUAUGUACUGAGACAUGCUGAAGACUUCAAAAUAAAACUAUUGUUCCAUCUUCUGUAAGCAUUGUUCACGGAAACCACAGUUGUGACCUUCAUAUUUAGUUUUAAAGCCAAGCUGGAGUGGGAAAUAUUGUCGUUUGACACUGUGAAAAGAAUGUUUCAGCAGCUGAGAUGUACAACUCUCUCCAAUUUUUAAUUAGUUUUCACUCCUGUAUUAACUGUCCUUGACAUCUUAUGGGGCCACAUAUCAAGUAAGUUGGGGUGGGAGCAAAAAUUUGUUAUACUAACCCACACUGUGCAGUGUUAAGUUAUGAUAUCUGAUUCUUCAGACUUACAAAAUACGGUCCCUGAAAAAUGGAAUUAACAUCCUGUAUAAUUGUUGGAUUUGACUUUCUAAAACUUGAAGUUUGGAGCAAGUUACAGAUAGGAAUUUCUGUAAGUUAUUGCGUUUUUAUUGUCUGCUCAGUGGUGCUUCUUGUACUCUGCCUUAAAUGCAUCAGACUUAGAGGAAGUAGAGUGUUAACUGGAACUGUGGCAUUAUACUGUGUUGCUGUCAGAAAGUAACAGGGACAAUUCCAUUUAGCUAGCUUCUAUUCCAAAUGGGGCAGAAAGAACGACUUUACUUUCUUAUGAAGAAAGCUGCUCACAGCAGAGGUUCAUACUUGUACUGACAUGCAGCAUAGGCGGUAACCUAUUGAUUGACCCUUGGUAAAGAAUAGCUCCUAAUAUUCAGAUCAAAUGUUACUUCCAGUGCAGCUGUUUUCCAGGAGGUCCUUCAUGAAACUGAAUUAUGCUUCCAGUUUAGUUUAAUGCUCUGCAUGUGAGUUUGAAUGAGAAACAAAAAGGCUCUUAUUUUAUGGUUAACAUGUUGAACAACAGGUAUGCUCAACAGUCUUUUAUAGUAAAAAAAACAACCCCAACCUGCAUUUAAUUACCAAGAAAUAAGUUUUAAAAGGACUUUGUAGCCAUUGGACAUUCUUUGUGAAGGCAUUAUGGUGUACAAUUAGAGGAGUGGUAAUCUUACAGAUCUAAUUUAGACCUGCAAAUAGAAGAGAGGGAGGAGAGCUAUGAAAGUGAAGAAUCAGCUUUUUGAGUUAAGAGUUUUAAACUGUUCUGUUGAACUGUUACAUGGAGAAGUGUGGAUUAAAUAAUGGUUGUGAUGUCAGGGUAUUAAAUCGCUGAGUUCUGGCCAUUCUGUUCAGGUUCAAAAUAUAUUUUAAGGUGGUAAUUGUCCGGUUCCAAAAGCAGAGACUAGAAUUGCAUAAAAAUAUGAAUGCUUAAAAAAUGUUGCAGAGGAGGAUGCUCAAACUGUUCAGAUGCAUCUGGGUGAAGGACAUCUGCUAAAGAGCAUACCCUUCAGCCUGGAAAAGGACAGCAGGCUAAGGGGUAGACCAUGCAGGAUGGGGCUAGGUGACCUAGCACAAUGGUACAGUAUGGAUCUAAGCAGCAAAAAGCAGAGCAGAAUGGAGAGGUAGGACUAUAAAACAUGACUGCUAUGGUUGCUAGAACAAACAGGCAAAAGAAGGAAUAGAGGAGAGGCAGGGGGGAAAAAAGCUGGUCAUUGCUUUAUUCCUAACUUGUGAAUCUUAAAAUGUAGUUUGGGGCUAUUAUAAAUCCAAAGGCAACUUUAGGAGGGACUAAGAUAAACUUUAUAUUGGAUCUAAAACACAUGUAACUUUAUUGUAAGUCACUCUGAGUGCCAGGUUUCCUUAAGUGAAAGGCUAGAUUCAUUUUAUUUCAUUUUGCCUGCGGGACGCUAGUAUUCCUGCUGGGACUAAAACCUAGUGGUUUCUAGUUAAAGGGCCCUGCUCCUCUACUCAGGAUCAGACCAGUCAUCACAUCUGGGGAUUAGGAAGGAAUUUUGCUCCACAGCCAGACUAGUAUGGCCUACAAAGGGGGUUGCCUUCCUCUGUAGCUGGGGACAUAACCCUCUUCUUGGAUCUCUCAAGCACAUUUUAAGAAACUUUACAACAGCAGGACAGCGACCACUGUUGUCUCCCUGCUUGGCCUGUGGCAGAUUAAGGUGCUGUUCAUUGUAGUUGUGCGACUGUUGAUCGUGUUCUAUUAGUAGGUUAGACGAGGAUUUGUAUAGUAAGUUUUGGAUGGGGAUGAUCCUGCCUCAGGCAUGGGCUUGCACUACACUUCCAGAGGUCCCUUCCAGCCUUACUUUUCUAUGAUUAUGUGAUACUGCUCUUAUAUAUUCAAAAAAGGAGUGUAGCACUUGUCCUAACAAUGUGUAAAACACUCUUUGCUGAUAAUUGAAUGAGCUCCUACAAGGGUUGGAUGCAACUUCCUCCCUAGUGUUAUUAAAUUACUUUAAGAGUACAUAGACCACAUUUAUUUUUUGUUUUGGCACCUACUUACUUGAUGGUCACUGGGUUAAAAGAACUAUCUUAAUCUGCUGUUUUUAUAGAAGUUGGUUAUCUUCCCCUUCAGCACAACUUUUUAGGUAGUUGUGACACUAAAGUCUUACUGAAUUGACCUGAAAAUUGAGCAUGUUAAAAGGAGAGUGAUGUUGAAUGCUAGAGUCAUUUGAGAAGGGGUAGAGAACAGAAAGAGAAAGUACCUUUACAAUUUAAAAAAGAAAAAAAAAAAGCAAAGUUACAUUAAGGAAAAAGACUGAUAGGUUGUAACUCUGUGUUAGGCCUUGUUAAAAAACAAAUGUACUGAUGAGAUAGGGAAGUUAGUUCACAGUGCUAACUUGAUGUAGGAAGAGCCAAUCGUUUUCCAUGAACAGAGGAUAAAAUUGAAUAUAUUUUCUUUACCGUGUAUUCUCCACAGACUUAAUUAGUAGCAACCUCUUUAGUCAUUAGGAAGAAGUUUUAAAAACAUUAUUAUCACAGCUGGUCAGUGGCUUUUCAUAUUGUACUCUGACACCUUUCUCCCUUUUGUUUGAAGUUUGGGUACUGUUUGAGGGAAAAAGCCAACUUUUGUGGCUUCUCUGUAUUGUUUUGUACAGGUCUAAAGGGUCUGCAGUGAUUUUUAUAAAACAGUCGUCUGAAAGGAAAAUCCGGCCUCUCCUAUACACGCCUUUUGCAAUAGGAGGGAUUACGAGUUUCGUCCAAAACUUUAAUCACGUUGUAUGUGGUGGUACUGUCAGGCAGAGCAAGUGCCAUUUUUUCCUACAGCGAUUGAAUCUGAAUUCUGCCCUCAGCCAAGAAUCGUGUGGAAAGCGGUACCGAUGGGCAGCAAACGAACGUGAGCAGAUGUCACUGAAAAUCAGCAAGCUACUUCCGAUGUAUUGCCAAAAGUAAAGUCUGCUAACCUCUGCCCGUAGCUCAUCUAAAAGGAUGGGCUCGCGGGUGAAGGGCAGAAGAACUUGACUCGAGUUCACCUGCGGGUUCAGACUCCGUACGGCCUCGGCCAACUCACUUACGCCCUUUGUGCCUCUUCUUGUCUGCUGGGACUGUGAUACUUUGCUACCUGUACCUCCCCCCCGUACGGCCCAACCUGUCGUUUGUGAAGUGCUGUGAUACCCGUAGAUGGAAGGAGCUCUGUAGCCCUACCAAGUCUUAUAAUAAACUCGCUCCUACGUUC